AUGAAUAAUAAUAGAAGAUCAUUAUGGGAUACUCCGUCAUUUGGAGACAAUCAAGGUCGUUGGUAUGAGCUCUUAUCACCAACUCAAGUAUUAAGUAGACAAGAGCAAAAUGAUACGAUGGACGUUGACUCGAACAAUAGUCAUAUCAUAGACGACGACGACGAUGACGACGACAACGAUCAUAUGUUGAUCAAUGAAACUGAAGAACUUCCAUCGAAGUAUCAGUUACAACCAAUGGAAGAACAAAUUUUAUCACAAAAACUAAGUCAAUUAACAACUUCACCUCAAUCAACUGAGCUUCGUAUGAUGAUGAAUGAAAAUGGAGAAGCAACUAUUCCAGAUUAUCUAGGAAAAGAAAGUCAAUCUUUUGAACAACUCAUCAUCGCUCAUGUAUUAUCGACAGAUAAAAUCACAGAAUUACGACAAAUGGCUAUACUCAUGUAUCAAUAUUCUAUGAUUAAUUUACAAAAAUCACUUUGGAUGACAUAUUGGAAAGCAGGUAUGGGUCAAUUUAAAUUAUCAAAUCAAAUCGGUCCACAACUUUGGCCAUUAGAAGUUCAAUCAAAAAUAGAAGCAUCAACGAACAAUGAAAAUAAGAAUGAUGCCUGUCAAGUUUUUGUGAGUCAAUAUCUUUCAAAAUUAGAUAAUCAACUAAAACAACAUGAAACUGAACUGUUAAUUAAAAGAUAUCAAUUAUCUGAUUAUAUAGAAAUUAUUGAAACAUUUGUUCGACGAGAACUUGAACCUAUUCGCCUAUAUUUUGACUAUCAAAUGGCAAUAGUUGAAUAUAAUUAUCAUAACCAUAUUUUAAGCUUAGAAUAUCUUCAACAUAAUCCAACAUAUUAUCAAGCAAGUUGA